CGACAGGGGGCGCUGUGAGUACAGAAGGACCUUAGAGAAAAUAUUCCUCCCCCACGGUCGUGAAUUUUCGCCGAAUGAGGGUGUGGGCAGGGACGUAAGCGGUUUUCGCUUCAAUCUUUUUGGAAAAUCUAAACUCAAAAUUCAACAGGAGUCGUUUGGUGGUGGCGAGAGAGCUUCCGCCUUCCCGCGUCUGCCCGCCUCCUCCCCUCGCGCAUCACUUCCUGUGGACGAAUGCACCCCGGAGCCGUGAGGAAGUCCAGCCGCCGCCCGCGCAGACCCGCCCAGUCCUCCCGCACCAGAGCAGCGCCCGCCUGCAGCAGCACAGGCUUGAGUUAGCGGAAACAGAGGGAGCCGCGAUGGACGACAUCUUCACCCAGUGCCGGGAGGGCAACGCGGUCGCCGUCCGCCUGUGGCUGGAUAACACGGAGAACGACCUCAACCAGGGGGAUGACCACGGCUUCAGCCCCCUGCACUGGGCGUGUCGGGAGGGCCGGUCCAGCGUGGUGGACAUGCUGAUCAUGAGGGGGGCGCGCAUCAACGUGAUGAACCGCGGAGACGACACGCCCCUCCACCUGGCGUCCAGCCACGGGCACCGCGACAUCGUGGGCAAGCUGAUCCAGUGCAAGGCCGACGCCAACACGGCCAACGAGCACGGGAACACGCCGCUGCACUACGCCUGCUUCUGGGGCCAGGACCUGGUGGCCGAGGACCUGGUAACUAACGGCGCCCAGGUGAGCAUCUGUAACAAAUACGGAGAGACUCCGCUGGACAAGGCCAAACCACACCUGAGGGACCUUCUGAAAGAGCGCGCCGAAAAGCUGGGACAGAGCCUCACCAAGAUCCCCUACAAAGACAGCUUCUGGAAAGGCACGACUCGAACCCGACCUCGUAACGGCACUCUGAACAAACACGCGGGCAUUGACUUCAAACAGCUGUCCCUCCUGGCCAAGAUCAAUGUGAACCACUCUGGAGAGCUGUGGCAGGGUCGCUGGCAGGGGAAUGAGAUUGUGGUGAAGGUGCUGAAGGUUCGAGACUGGACCACCAGGAAGAGCCGUGACUUCAAUGAGGAGUAUCCCAAACUCAGGAUAUUCUCCCACCCGAACGUGUUGCCCAUGCUGGGGGCGUGUCAGUCGCCUCCCGCCUCCGAUCCCAUCAUCAUCACGCACUGGAUGCCCUACGGCUCCCUCUACAAUGUGCUGCACGAGGGCACCAAUUUCGUGGUGGACCAGACGCAGGCGGUGAAGUUCGCGCUGGACAUCGCCGCCGGGAUGGCCUUCCUGCACACGCUCGAACCCAUGAUCGCCCGCCUCUAUCUCAACAGCCGGAGCGUGAUGAUCGACGAGGACAUGACGGCCAGGAUAAGCAUGGCGGACGUGAAGUUCUCCUUCCAGUGUCCCGGCAGGAUGUACUCCCCCGCCUGGGUGGCCCACACAGCCCUGCAGAAGAAGCCAGAGGAGAUUAACCGGCGCUCGGCGGACAUGUGGAGCUUCGCCGUCCUGCUGUGGGAGCUGGUGACGCGCGAGGUCCCCUUCGCCGACCUGUCCAACAUGGAGAUCGGCAUGAAGGUGGCCCUGGAGGGACUCCGCCCCACCAUCCCCCCGGGGAUCUCGCCCCACAUCUGCAAGCUGAUGAAGAUCUGCAUGAACGAGGACCCGGCCAAGAGGCCCAAAUUCGACAUGAUCGUUCCCAUCCUGGACAAGAUGCAGGACAAGUGAACUGAACCCCAGCCCCCCCCCCUCCCCCCAACCUGAACCCUGGCCCACCCCCUGUUCCCCUUCAUGUAUACCGGCCCACUUGAACCCCCCCCCCCCACAGAUGCGGUGCUUACCAGUAUUGCCUUAAACCUUUUUGCGCUCACUACUUACCGCUGCUAUCAAUGCCACUGUACUGCCCGCUCCUGAGAGGAGCCGAAGCGGUUGCUUCUUUACAUUAAUAAGGAGGAUUUUGUUACUGAUGCCUUGUGUCUGGAAAAGGGCCUUGUGUCUUUUUCAUUAUUAUUAUUAUUAUUAUUAUUAUUAUUAUUAACAGCCCUGUCACAACCCCUCUUUGCAUUUGUACACCCUUUUACAGGCUGUGACUAGUGGAAGACUCCCCAGAAGUGGAGGUGAGCAGAUUUGACCACUAGCUUUCGCAGCCGUUGAGCAGUGCCUGUUUCGAUCCUGUAAUUCUGUAGGCCCAGCUCUCUACCUUCUGCUCUGUCUCUGAAGGCUCUGGAGCCUGUAUGUUUCAGAUCGCUCGUCUCCUGAAGGUGUAAAUGACGUUUUGUGGCUCCUGACCCCUAAUGGUCAGACACUGUAAGAGAGGUUCCUCUUCUACUGAUUUUUAUUUUUUUAAUUUUUUCGGCAGCCUGCUUAUUUCUUUAUCUUUAUCAAAAUCUGUAUAUAUUUAAAUUCUAGUAUGUAUGUCUUGAGAUGACGGCGAAGAAGGUCAGGUGUCCACCCCUGCCUGUCGAUCCCCCCCGUCCCCGUCCCCGUCCCCGUCCCCAUCCCCUAAUCGUCUUAGUUGGAUGUAAUGAGUGCGUCUCCAUAACGGAACUCUCUGGAACUAGCAGCAGAUCCCACCCUGGCCUUCUCUCGGACCAGAGCAGUGUGCUGACCUGCGUCAUAGCGCCACCUUCAGUCCGUCGCCUGCCCUCCCAGUCCCAUCCUGGUCUGCUGCGGAAAGUUCCCACAGGGGGAACCAGUCUGGCGGGACAGUUGAUAAACCGUCAAACCUUAGUGCACUGUGCCUGGCGUCGCCGUGGAAAUCAUCUGCUGCUGUCCAUCAAGGUUUUUAACCACGUCUGCCACAUUCUUAUUUCACAUGUUCAUCCUUUUUAAAAAAAAAAAAAAAUUAUAUUUUGGUAAUUGUAACAUUUCACCGCAGGCAAAAGGAAGUUUAUUUUUGUUUUUCCUGGGGGUGGGGUGGAGGAGUUGCAGCGGUCCUAUUUGUGGGCGUCUGGGGAAAUUCGCUGAUUCGUCGCCUGGGCGAAAAGUGUGUGUGGUGGAUCAGCGCGGCCUGUACAGUGCGUUCAAGCUCAGCCGCUGACAGACCAGUUGUCAUCGCUGUCUGAAGACGUGGUCAUCCCACAUCGUUCUUCUUUUAUUCCUGUUUUUUUUUUACAUCUUUUUUUUUGUUUUUGUUUUGUUUUUUCUGUCUCCGCCUGCUUGCUCGUUUGUGCUGAAUCAAGGGGGGGAAAAAGCCAAAACAAAGCAUGUCUUAUACAAAUGUAUGUAAUUUAUAUAAAUAUAUAAAAAAGAGAAAUGUCUUGGUUUUUUAUAUUGGUUCAAGAUAUUAAAUUCAGUAUAUGACAUGUA